UUGACCCUAACAGGACGCCGUAAUGUUUGGAUUCGUUCGUAAAGAAAAUGGCGGACGAACUAGACAGAGUACGAAUUUCCGAAGCUGAGCUACGGGCUGAGGCGUCGAAUAUUGUUACAUCUAUUGACAACCCGAAAGAAGUGCGAAAGACAAGUAAAAAACAUCAGAGAGAAGGAAAAAGGCCAGACCUCCAGAGGUACGAUCCUGGUGCUGCACAGACACGUAGAUGCAAGGAUGGAUGUCAAGAAGACAUUGCAGGGACUGAGCCUGCAUAUAUUUCUGAAGAGUAUGUGUCAGAUCCUGCCAUUAAAAUGCCUGCCAGCUCUCCACCAGGUGCAGGCCUGAAAUUCACCACAAGUGAUUGCCAUUCUGAACUAAGCAAAUUAAAUUUUAAUGGUAAUGACGAUGAUGCAUCUUUCAAUCAACGUUUUAGAAGGAACCCUCUCAAAACCAGUGAACUAUUAAGCACUGUAACAUCAGGUUCUCUGAAACCACAGAAAUUGCGCAAACCUGAUCGUGCGAUAUAUCAGCCUGGUGGGCGACGGGGGCAAGGUUUUAGAGAUUAUGGCACAAUGAAGGAGCAGGUAUCACCAGAAGUGGUAAAGGAAAAAGAUGAUACAAGUAAUGGGUUGACGAGCUUAGCUGAUAAUCAUAAUUAUAUAAAUCUGGGAGAGGAAAAAGGAAAUGGAAAGCAAAUUAAGGAAGGUGGGAAAAAACAGAUCCUGGAAAAACAAAAGAGAGUGGAGUUGUCUUUGGAAAACUAUAAUCAACCCACUGUUAGCACUAUAACUGAUAAAGUGGAGCAACUUGGCAUUAACAGCUCUACAACCCCAAAUAUAGUAAAGAAAAGUGAAAAUGAUGGUAAAAUAAGAAGAAGGUUAAGUGGUGAUGCCUCUAAGAACAGAAGAGGAGGAGGAGGAGGAAUAGGUGAUGUGAAGGAGAAGAAGAAAGAGCAGGAAAAUAGAAGGUCUAGAGGGGGCAGAGAGAGGGAGGAUGGGGAGGGAGGUGAGAGAGGUUUUCUGACAGACCAGCAGGAAAAAACCUGUGAGCCAGAGGUCAAUAAAAGAUUAGCGUGGGAUGUGAAAGGAAAAGAUGUUAGUCAAGACCAGAACUUCAAAAAAGAAAAACACAAAGGCAUUCGGCCAGUGCAAAGUCAUAGUGAGAGGCUCAGAACUGCCCAAGGAACACAACCUAGUAAAGUCAACUGUUGUUCAAAGCGCUAUUCCAAAUCAGACAUCAGACGGUCUCGAAACCGGACUUACAGUACAAGUUCAGCCAGCAGUGGCACCAGCAUGGAUGGGCUGGUAGAGUCUGUAAUGCACAGUACUAAUACAGAAUCUGGGAUGGGAGAAAGAAGGCCCAUGCCUAAUGAAAGUAUGAUUAAGGAGAUGGGCCGUGCCACAGCAGAUGAGCAGAGACAAAGGAGGAGGAAAGCCAAAGAAAUGUCAUCCACAGAUUCAUUUGAGGAGAAUGAGGGAAUAGAGAGAGGUGAAGAAGCAGGCCUUAGAGCAAAAGCAGAUAAGAAUAACAUCAGAAAAUCAAAAGGUUCUACCAGAGGAACCUUGAUUGUUGGUCAAGGAGGAGUCUUGAAAGUUUCAUUUGAUACAGUCUCAGGAACCAUGGAAGACCAAACCAAGUGCAAAAAUCAAAGUCGUAGAGGGAGAGGUAUUCUGGUACUCCCAACAAACACUGAAUUUACCCCAUCCUCAGAACCUGGACCUCGUCUUAUAUGUGGGACGAGAAGCAGCGUAAGCCUGGCCAGGGGAAGAGGAAGUCGUGGUGGAGGUACUAGGAGGUUGUGGGACCCCAAUAACCCUGAUAAGAAACCAGCUCUGUCACUCAGCCAGCAAUCCCAGCAGUCAUCUCUAAGACAGCCCUUGUACUUACAGCAUCAAGGAGGAUAUGGACCACUGCACUUUUUGGACACUGAUGAUGAAGCUUCUUGGGACCCUCCUGUGCACCAGGGGGAUGACUUUCAAAGCCAUCCCCAUGCUGCCUCCAUGGUUUACUACAAAUAUCAGAAUUCUGACAAUCCUUACUGCUACAGCUUACCAACUAGCUCUUCAAAUACACCUCCAUGCUACACAUAUUCCUAUCAGCUCCCAUAUCAAUUGCCUGGCUCUAAUGGGGUAUUUCCAAAUUCAGGCAUGGCAUUCUUUUAUGGUGCAUAUGGACACAGUGGUCAAGGUUACCCAUCUACAGGCAACACUUUUAGCCCAGAGGAGUCAGAGGUACAGACAAGAGGGGAACUCAGCAAACUUCUGCGGAUGGCUGACAGCCAGGAACUCCAGCUAAGCAAUCUGCUCUCCAGGGAGCAACUUAGUCGAGAAGGACUAGAGAGGAUGGCCCAGCUGAGAGCUGAGCUCCUGACACUGUAUGAGAGUGUAAUUCUAAAUGACAUCGAGUUCGCUGACACACAGAAUGUGGACCAGUUACUGUGGAAGAAUGUGUUUUAUCAGGUAAUUGAGCGAUUUAGACAACUCCUAAAGAACCAGGAUUCAGAUACAGCUCCUCAGAUCAGGACUACGCUUGUAACCAUGCUCGAAGAGGGGGCAGUGUUUUUUGAUUCACUGCUGUUAAAGUUACAAACUGUAUUCCAUUUUAAACUGGAAGACUACAUGGAUGGAAUGGCGAUACGUGCAAAACCUCUUCGGAAGACUGUGAAAUAUGCUUUGAUUAGUGCCCAGCGGUGUAUGAUAUGUCAAGGAGAUGUCGCAAGAUACAGAGAACAAGCAAGUGAUUCUGCUAAUUAUGGCAAAGCCCGCAGCUGGUACCUGAAAGCACAGCAGAUUGCACCAAAAAAUGGACGACCAUACAACCAGCUUGCUGUGUUGGCAGUAUACACAAAGCGGAAGCUGGAUGCUGUAUAUUAUUACAUGCGGAGCCUGGCUGCCAGCAACCCAAUCCUUACAGCCAAGGAGAGCCUGAUGAGUCUUUUUGAAGAAGCCAAACGCAAGGCUGAGCAGAUUGAGCACAGACUGAAGGUGGAUGUGGAAAGUGGCACCCGUGGCCCAAGGGUGCAUGGAACAGUUCGAGGUCAGAAUGCCACCCGGCAGGAAAUUUGGAUACGCCCUUCUGUGCGUCCUGUAGUGGCAUCCCUCACUGAAGGCAGUGAGUCUGGCAAAGAGCAAGAUGGUGGACUGGGGGCAAUGAGUGCAAGUGAUCUAAAUAAGAGAUUUGUCUUGAGUUUUCUCCAUGCUCAUGGAAAGCUUUUCACUAAAGUAGGGAUGGAGAGUUUUCCAGCUGUUGCCACUCGUGUGCUGGAGGAGUUCAAGGCCCUUCUCCAUCGUAGCCCUUCCCCUCUGGGAAGCACACGCAUGCUUCAAAUCAUCACAGUCAACAUGUUUACCAUUCACUAUGCCCAGACCAGAAGGCAGGGACAGACUCGUUCACUGUUGGAAGAACAAGCUACUUGUUUGGGUUUGGCCAUGUUUGGCCUACUGGUACAGCGUUGCACUCAGCUUCUUAAGGAAACACCUGCAGAGCCUAUACCAGUGGAGGAGGUUAAUGAAGUGGAGCCCAUGGUGCGAGUGUCCAGUUUUCUGACUGACCUGCGUGACUUCCUGCCCAGUGUUAAAGUCUGGUCUGACUGGAUGCUGGGCCACCCAGAGCAGUGGAACCCUCCCCCGUGCAAUUUUGAAGGAGGUCCUGAUGUGUGGCAGUGCCUGGCAGAACUGUGUAAUUCUUUGGCGUCUGUGUAUCAUGGCGAGAUUCCACUCUUUAAGGCAGAUGCUGAUGGAGAGAGUGAUGACUUACAACUUCUGGUGCUGGAGGAGGACAGAAUGCUGGCCGGAUUUGUACCCUUGUUGGCUGCUCCACAGGAGCCAUGCUAUAUUGAGCCCCAGUCAGAUACUGCCAUGGCAGCUGACUGUAAGAGAGUGACUGUGCUGAAAUACUUUCUUGAGGCCCUUUGCGGCCAGGAGGAGCCUUUGCUUGCCUUUAAAGGAGGGAAGUAUGUUUCCAUAGCAUUGCUGGCCACUACCAGCCAAUCAACUGAGCACAGGUCUCAACUGCAGACCAAUGAGCAGUGUCAGGACAGCAAUGUGAUCAUAGAGGAGACAUCACUGUCCACAUCAGGAGAAGAGAUGGAUGAAGGGAUGGAUGAAAACGAAAAUGAUUUCCGAGAGCUGAGAGCUCGGCACCAUGCUUUAAUGCACAAACUUGCAGAACAACAGAAAAGGAGAGAAAAAAUAAAGGCUGUCCUACAAAUUAGAAGCCAGCUGGAGCUGGAGAUCAGGCCUCUCUAUCUUAUUCCUGACACCAACUGCUUUAUCGACCACCUGGAGGGAUUAAAAAAACUUCUGGCAUGUGGCAUAUACAUACUGGUGGUACCACUAAUAGUGAUUACAGAGCUAGAUGGUUUGGCUAAAGGACAAGAAUGCAGAGAUGUAGACUCCAUAGAUGAAGCAUCUCAUGUCAGGCUGGUGCAGGAAUGUGCUAAAGCAGCUGUGGCUUUCUUAGAGAAAGGCUUUGAGGCCAGAGAGCCUGGCCUGAGAGCACUGACCAGCAGGGGAAACCAGUUAGAGUCGAUUGCUUUCCGCAGUGAGGACACCUCUGGACAUAAGGGCAACAAUGAUGAUGUAAUUCUGUCCUGCUGCCUGCAUUACUGUAAAGACCAGGCUAAGGACUUUAUGCCUGUGCAGAGAGAUGGAACAGUUCGGCUGCACAGAGAAGUGGUUUUGCUCACAGAUGAUCGUAAUUUGCGUGUUAAGGCGAUAACCCGGAAUGUUCCAGUUCGAGACGUCCCUGCCUUCCUGAACUGGGCGAAAGUGGGCUGAGCUAAAGGAACAGCCCUCAUGAUGUACAACCUAUGUUCAUGCUGAACUGCAACAAAGUGGAGAGCAAGAACAUGAAAUAGAGGCAGCAAAAGAUGGAGUAUGUUUGUGAUGGAGGAUAUCAGUGAAGCUUUUUUGUUAUAAAACAAAACAAAAGCAAGUAAUGAAGAAAUAAUUCAUUUUAAUUAGAUGAGUUCCAAUGUCCUCUUAAUAACAAUGCAUAGAGACUAACAGGUGAGUCUUUAAGAUGGUAAAAAAGACUAAGAUGACCAGGGUCAGGUGAGUGGUUGAGGCAGGAGAGGAGUCUAUUUUAGAAGAAGAAGCAACCUUUACUUGCUAUAGUAUAUGUUUAAUCUAUCAAUAUUGAACAUUAAAAUGCACUAAGAAGGACAGGUUGGGAAGCUAUGUAGAUAUGUAUGCCGCAUUGAAUGUAAUCACUUUGGUCCUCCACUGACAACGACUGCUAGGAUCCAUUUUUGGAUGGAUGUAAUUAGUUCAGGGCAGAGACAGACAAGAGACACUGUCAUCUGUUUUUUUUUUUCUGUGGAUUUCAAAAAAAAAAAUUUUUUUUUAAAGUUUGUCCUCUGUAUCUCUCUCUAUCUCACUCACUCACUUACUCAGGUGCACACAGUAGUGCUCUCUAAGUUGUUUCAUAUUUUACCACAGUAUAAAGAUAGCAUUUAUGGCAAAAAGGCAAAAUUAAAAGCAAAACAAUAUGAUUCAUCAGUUAUUUUGUCUAAAGCAUUGAACAAAGUUAAAACUUCAAACAUUGUCUUUUCUUUUAUUAGUAAAUCACAAACUGUAAAUUCUCAUUAAACUUUGCUAUUCUCACUAUGUUUUAAGUUGAUGGAUAAAGACCUAUAAUAAUUUUACAGUGUACAUAGUUAGGGUGAUUUAUUUAGUAGCUGUGUUGUACAAAUGUUUCAAAACAUGACUUUUUCCUCUGUUAUAAAACAGUAUGCUUAGGAUGUGGUGUGUUGCAGCAUAACCAAUAAUGUAAGUUUCUUGUUACCCACAAAAAAUUCAGAUUUUUGGAUUUAGUGUUCUAGAACAUAGUUCCUUCUCUAUCAUCUAUGGGCAGCAAAUUCACAGUUAACCAUAUAUGUUUUUCUAAUUUUGUUUUAAUAAAUGUUUUGAAAUCUU